CCUCAAGUUAUUUGCUUCAUGGGGUAUGCAAAUGAUUGAAUAUUCAAUAUCAAUAUCAACAGUGGACAGUGAACAUUCUUCAAACAUUCUUUUCCAACAGGAAAAUCAGAUCUGCUCGACAGACAAUCAGUACACAUAGUCUGCUCAACUACUAAACCUCAUGCUAAAACUACCCAGCUACUCAUGUUGAUAUUUUUACAUCUUCAAAACCCUUCCUACUUAUUUUUAUCCUGUUGUCUCUUACUUCAUUGUCCCUAAUUCCCACAAAACAGUAUAGUCAACGGAAAACCACCACGCCAUUGACAAUUUCACGAUCCAGUCUUCAUUCACUGUUUCCUCAUUCACUUGUAACCAAAAAAAAGAAAGAACCUUUGCUGAUAGGAAUUUGGGAAUCCUUCUCUCAGUCAUGGCUAUGAGUCCUUCUCCCCAAAUGUCCCCGACAACGUUCGGUAAUAAAGCUGAGAGGCAACGGUCCAAUUCUCCACCUCCGCAUCAACUAUCCAAAAGAGAUAAACGUCGCUCUAUGUUGCAAGAUAAGCUGGCAGAAAUGACGGUCAAUUUUGCCUCGAACCGCGAUCAUUAUUAUCGCGAUCAGCUCAAAGGGUUACAAAUCGAUAUGAAUCUCAUUCAGGAAGCGGACGUCCAUGGCAAAUUUCCCCUCCCAGAUGGCAAUGAGGUUGAAGCGUUAGUUGUAGAUGGUAUUAAAAAAGUCAAAGGAAUUGCUGGCCAUCAUCCAUCUGCUGCUGGAAAAGAGUAUGAGUCCUUUGCACGAGAGAUCAACAACGCCAUGGAGGAGCGAGACGUAGCAUUGACUACACACAUGGUAAGUUAAAUUGUCUCCCUUUGAGUGAUCCUCUCUCUACGAAAAGCUAAAGCUAAUUUUUAUUUUUUACAGAGAGAUUACGAGGUUAGGGCUAAUGAAAUCGAAUCCGCCCAUGCCUACCGAAUGCGACUCGCGGACUUAGAAUACCAAGCUUUGAAGACAACAUUGAGAGAUCGUUUGAUCAACAAGGUCAUUAGCAAGAAAGCCCAUUUAUCGAAAGAUAAAGAGUCUAUUGAGAUUGGAGAGAAUAAUGCUUUACUCCUCCACCCAAGCCAAUUCGGUCUCGCCAACCCCGCUAGUCCUGGUGGGAUGCAUUCCAAAAGAGCUACGAGGCACCGCCGAGAAGCUGAAGAAUUGCCGAAUAUGUUUGACGGCUCUAAACGCAAAAGAAAGGGCAUUGAUGGCGACGAAUCCCCAGCUCCCUCACGUCAACGUAUGGACAACGGUGGUAGUACUCCAUUAUGGAGCUCCGAGCGGAACAUCAGCGCAUCUGCACAAAUUGACGCAUCGGCAUACAGCAUUGAAAAGCUCUUCACUGAUAAAGAGCUCGCGAUGAAAUACAACGAGGCAGCCCAAGCAGCGUAUAGUUACAUGGUUCGACAUGCACCAUACGAGGAUGAAAACAGCCCACAAAAUGGCAGAUCCGAUUCCAGUCCCGACACGGACAAGAUAAAUGCAACAUCCGGGGAUGUCGAGAAUGAUGAUCCAGAUUCCCCUCCGUCCGCACCUACAAUGGAACGUCAACCAUCACAUCAAACCAGGAGCACACGCGGUGGAGCCCUUGCAAAUUUCAAUACAGGUACAGGAAUUGAUAUGAUCAGCGACUUAGCAUACCCUGGCAAUAUGGCAGCGAUUACAAAACAAAUCCCUAAACUACCACCACUUCUCGCCUCAAAUAUGCAGAAAGGAUAUGUGAAGGGAGAUGCUGCUAAUCAGCCGCAGGGAUUGGCUCCCGAUGAAGUUAAUGCCGAAUUGGAGAUCAUCAGAAGGGGUCGCACGUACAAUGAUGAGCGGGGUUAUGGGAAAAAUCUUGAAUUGGAAAACGGUGGAAGAAGUCUCCUUGAGGCAGUCAGCACACCGAGAAGAGCUCAAACUUAUUACGUUAGAAGCGACAAUAAAGGCUCAAUGCUCAGCAACUUGCGAGAAGAACUUGGUGCAGAAUCAAUGUCAAAGCAAAGUUCCAGGGGAGGAAGUGAAGUCGGAGGAACGCCGAUGUCAAGACAAAACACCAAUGAUGGAACAUCAUCAAGAGCCGGUCGAGCGAGGAAGAAUUUAUUAGGUUGAGAAGAAAAGUUUAUUCAUCGAUUGAUCAUCUUUACAUUCAUAGUCAUUGGGUAUUAGAGAGCGCCGGCGUUGGGGAUAAGGAACAUCAUGAGGAAGAUUAAAUUCCGGAGAUUCAUAAGGCGAUCAGAGGGAUAUUGAUUAUUAUAUCAUGGCUGGUUGUUGAAAACGACAAUUAUGGAGUUAUAUUAUAUCUAUGCGUUUUCAUCGUUUUGAAAGACCCGUCUUUACAACUCCUCUAAAGAGAUAUACUUUCUAGAUCAAAGGAGAUCAAUUCAAUAAAUUUUAACAUCUAUUUCAC